AUUGAAUCCAGUAAUUUUCAGUACAUAAUCGUCGAUCGAUACACAUCGAUUACAAUUGAACAAGAGUUAUCUGCUGUCGUCAGUCGAAUAUUUCCUCGAAUACCGAUUGCAAUAUUAGCAGUAGCAAUCUUUUCAAUGCUGACCUGUUUGUAUAACAGUUGGAUCGAAAGCAAACCUUGGACAGGAAUAAUUGCGUUAACAUCGGGAGGAAUGUCUUUGGCUUCGUCAUUUGGAUUGAUUAUGUAUUUUAAUACACCGUUUGUGGCUCCUGCUGGAUCUAUACCCUUUUUAAUCAUAGGAGUAGCCAUGGACGAUGCUUUUGUUUUUCUUGCUGCGUGGAAAAGGACCGAUUCCCAGAAGACCGUUCCAGACAGACUCUCGGAAGUUUAUUCGGAAUCCGCUAUUUCUGUUACUGUAACUUCAGUAACAGAAUUUCAUAGCGUUCAUUUCAGGACUGUUUACACCUUUCAGAUCUAUAUCUUAUUUUUGUUUAUACGCUUCGAUUGCUAUUCUCUUCUGUUAUAUUUAUAAGAUA